AUCAUUCAUUCUAAGCAGGAAAAAGUGGAAAAUACAUUUUUUUAUUUUGUUCUGCACUUUUAUCAAUAAAUUAGUAGACCUACAUUUAUUAGAUUCGUUUUAUCGCCGGUAAUUGCUUUUUGCCUUUAUCAUUCCAGUCAGGAACGUAUUAAUAAAAGUGGUGUUAUGACAGAAUUUUAGAACAAAUUCCUUAAUAGCACCUUUCCAAGUUUAAAUUUUUCAUUUAAAAUUUGGUAGCAGGAUGUUCUCACUUGUUUAUUAUUCUUCUGGGAUUUAACCUUCAGGUGACAUCAUUUGUGAAGGAUGAAUAAUUGAAACAGCAAAAUGAACUUGCAUCAAUUUGCCCUAGGUUUAUUCAGGGUAUCUUUUAUUUUGCUCAAUAAUCUGUACUGCAUCCCAACCUAUGUAGUAUGGAUGUUGCUGUUAUGGCCUUUAAGAAAAAUCGCUCCAUCAUUUUAUUGGAAUCUUGAGGGUUACUUGUUUCAAUGGCUGUUAGCCAUGGUGUCCCUUUGGUGUGAAUCGGCUGGAUAUAAAAUAAUUGAAAUGGGAGAAGAUAUUUCAAAAUGUCUUGACAAAAGAACACUUUUGAUAGCUAACCACCAGUCAACUGCCGAUGUUCCUAUGAUCUUUUCUUGUUUCAAUAAUCGAAAAAAUGUUUUACCAAAUAUUAUGUGGAUAAUGGACAGUUUGUUUAAAUAUACAAACUUUGGUGUUGUUAGCUAUUUGCAUCAGGAUUUUUUUAUUAAGUCAGGAAAAGAGAACAGAGAAAAAGCCCUGCAAGAUCUCUCAAAACAUUUAGUGGAUAAGUAUCUACCUCUAGAGCGCAAAUGGUUGGUGCUCUUCCCAGAGGGAGGUUUCCUGAGAAAGCGGAAACCAAUAUCUCAUAGAUACGCGGAGAAAAAUGGUUUGCCCAAGUUUGAGAAUGUUUCUUUACCUCGGGUUGGAGCCUUGAAGAUAAUCAUGAGCACUUUGGGUCCUCAAAGCAGUGUAAAUAAUAAUUCUAGUACUACAAAAGAUUCUCACAAAUUACAACAUAUCGACUACAUCCUAGACAUAACCAUAGCCUAUCCCAAUGCCGUACCAAUAGAUUUAAGUCAUAUAGCGUUUGGGUCGAGGCCCCCGUGCGACACAAUAUUUUUCUAUAGGGUAUAUCAAGCCACAGAAGUACCUGAGGAUUCAGAGGCCAUGACUAGUUGGCUUUUUGACAGAUGGGCAGAAAAAGAAAGGAUGCUUCAAUCUUACUAUGACACCGGGGAAAUUCCCCUUAGCUAUUGCAGAACGAAACCGUGCGAACCGCAACUGGUCGCUCAAGACUAUCUACGAUUUCUCCUUCUUCACAUAUUUUUUAUUACAUCGAGUUAUCUUCACGUGAAGAUGCUUCUUGCGGCGUACCAGUUUUGCAUGCAUUUUUUGGUUUAUUAGCACUUUGAGAUACGCUAUUUAUUGGUGUUAAUUCGGUACUAUAUGUAAGGUUGAUGUGGUGAGUAAUGACGUGAUUUUAAUAUGUGCGCCAUUUUUUUUGUAUUUAUCAGCUAGAAUUGUUGUCAAAGAUUGCUUAGUGAAUGUUUAUCCAUUUUUUAUGUGUUAUUAAGGCAUUAUUAAGAUUUGUGUUUGAUUUUGCCUUAAAUACGAUGUGGUUGUAAAAAAAUCAAGAUUAUCCGGCCUUUUAUUAUAUUAUAGUGUUGAUUUCAAAUUAGUAUAAUUGGGGUGGUUUGGUAGGAUUUGAAACAAAUAACGGAAAGACUGAACCUUAGUAAUCAUAAAAUUUGGUAUAUAUAUUUUUCGAUAUGGCAAUAAAUAUAUAAGAGGUUUAGGAGAUUUAGAAAUCUUUUCUACCACACUAGCUCAAAAUAGGUAUUUCUUAAAAGUGCGAUUUUUUUAAAUCUAAUCUUUUUCACAACACGCAUUUUUUAUACUUAAGUUAGUUCUAAAUAUUUGUGAUAAUUCUCUAAAUAAUGCACAAGAGAGCAGGAUUUCAACAUCAAAAUAUAUAAAAUACAAGUUGGGGUUUUUAGCAGGAUUGGAUGGGGAAAUUAUUUGGAUUGACCAUGGUCAAUAUUUAUACGUAAUAACAAUAGAGAUCAUAUUUACCAUUUUUUUGUGACUAUUGGGACAUAAUUUUUUAGUAAAAUGAAAAACACUACAUAUUUUAUAUUUUAAAGUAAGCAGCAAAAAAUAAUGCGAUGAAAUAAUAAAAUUAAUAAUAAAUUGAAAUAAAUUAGAAAUUAGACUGCUUGAGAUUUAAGACCCAACGAUUUUCAGACUUUUUCUGUAGAAAAAGUACGGUCUAUAGAACAUUAUAAAACAAAAGUCUUUCUGCAACUGAUGUCAUUUUCGAAAAAAACUAUUUUUCACAAACAGAAUAUUUGAACCACAUCUCGUUUUUUUACUGCCCUCCCCGCAAAUAACGUGUUCAUUAGUUUCAUCUAUUUUAAGAUAGUCUGUCAUCGUUAGCUCACUCUUUGAUAUAUCUUUAGAUUCACUGCUGUUUUCGAACACUUCGUUUUGUACCACUCUUCGAACUUGCUUUAGGCUCUUUUAAUAUUUUUCGUUUUUUUACAUUGUUCUUGUUUUCUUUUUUAAUUUCGAGGCAUUAAGGCAGAAUGCCUACUUACUAAUUUCGCUGCUACGGCUUCGAAAUUUGCUCUGUUUCGUGUUAUAUUUUAAUAUUUAAUAUUUCAGAAGCGGAUUCUAUUCUUGUAAAAUAGCAGAUGUACUAUUUUACAAUCACUAUUUUCGGUACUGGACAGGCCGUUUAAACUAUUUUUUUGAGUUAGGUUGAGUCACUUAGGUUGAGUUAAGUUACGAUUUAGAUUGUCGAGUUGAACAGAAGCUGGUAACUAAGUCGUAUUGUGUGAUUUUUGUGGCGAUGUUUGGUGAUAGUAAAACCGCCUGUUAAACGCUGCUUUCAAUGUACCAUAAAAACUUCCAAUUGUUGAAGACCUUAAUCCAAUGGUUGAAGCCUAUGGAAAGUAUGGGGUCUUUUAAUUAUUUUUUGGUUUUCUUGAAAUUAAGCCACUGCUCAAAAAGCUCUUCAUUGCUCCAGCCACUUUUCGAACAAAAUAAAUUGCAUAAUGUAUUUGUCAUUCCACAUUGAACAUUAGUGGCACGUGGCAAGCUCUAAAAUUAUUUAAACAGCAGAUGGCAAUAACUGUUUUUCCUCUUUCACCAGAUGUCUUAGCGCCAACUUGUUUAACUCCCUUGAGACGGAGUUUUUUGCAUGGCUUUCCUAACGUAGAAAUACUAGUUUCAUCUACGUUAAAUAUUGCAUCCUCCUUAAACUAAAGACCUCACAUUUGAUAAAAGCUGAGAUUCGAGGGAUACUGGAGGGUUCCGGUUUUCUUACCGUUAUCUCUGGGUUUCCGCCGAGAAAUUCAUAAUACCAGUUUUUCCGACCAUUUUAAAUUCAAUCGUGCGUACUGCUCCCAAUUAAACAAAAUUAGUAGUUUGACUUAGCGGCCAUUGUGGAUAAAUAAGGUGCACCGACCUACCUUUCUGGUAUUUGAUACCUGUUUACAGAAUAUAGUUCUAUCAAGAGAUGAUCAAGGAUAUAAAGGUAGGCGCACAAUUAACCGACGCUUCCUUAUUAUAAUUGGCAUCAAAAUAAAACUUGAAACUCAAUUUAUCUCUUAUUUAUUUAAUGUAGAAUAAAGGUAGACAAAUAAAAAAGUCAUUCUCGUCGGUAGGUAGAUCGGAUCGUAGGAAUAUUGUCGUACAUACAUAUUCGUUUUUUAUUCUACAAAUCUAAAAGUCGUUGGGUAGUAAAUUGCUCAACCACUAAAAUAUCAUAAUAACCAUUUUUUAACGUUUGGAUAAGUUUCGUGGUUUUUUUAUCGUUUCAUUUUUGUAAUCUUCAUUAAUUUAAAUGGAUCACCUUAUAAAUUACAUUUUUAGACUCUGAUGUGAAAAUAGAGCAUUUUAUGUAUAAUGUCCUAAUACCUAAGUUAAAUCGGAAAAUUCUUGACAUUAAGAGAGAAAAUUAUCUUUUUGGUUAAGGAAAUCCUGAUUUCACCCAAAAUGUGUGCGAAGGUAAAAUCAGAGAUCAAUAUUCAUAAUAUAUUUCAGAACCUCUAUUAUUGAUGCGAUUUGAUUAUUGAUUGAAGAUUGUUGUCCUCCUUUUCACUACUUCAAAAAACAUACUUUUAGGGGAUUGAGUUCAAAAUAAGACUUAUAAAGGUUUAAAGAUGUAUUCAUAUGCAUAUACCGGCCCAGCCAAUGAAGGUCUUGGGUACGAAAAUAAAUGUAUUAACUUGCAAUAACCAAAUCAGUGACUUGGACGUCAUAAGUUAAAAUAAGAAUGAUUGAGUUUCUCGUACUCUACCUAUUAACUACAGUCCGCGCCCAACUGAGCGUAAACAUGUUCGAGAUGUGCAUCAACAAAGCAUUGCACUUUUUCCUUUAACUUAACACUUCACUAUUAAUUUGUGUUGUAAGUUAAUGCAUGCCUAUCUUGGCACCCAAGAAAGAAGUUUGUCAGACCGGUACACAUUCCCUGCGAGGUCCAAUUAAUAGAGAAAUUUACUAUUUUUUUAUUUUACUUUAAAUAUGACUAUCAAUAAACAUGAUAAACAUCAGAUAUUUAUUGAUUUUUUCGCAGUGUGUUGAUGGCUAUUCCCUAAAGGGUCAGUAUGCAUUUUAGACAACAAAAAUCUAUUUUACUUUCAAAAGAUUAAAGUCUGCUCAAGCCUUUUUGAAUAAUGAAAUUCUUUUUGAUCCUCUGCCAUCAUUAUCAAAUCUGCUUUGUUCUGAUGUUAGACACAUGAUUUUACUUAUGUUUUUUUCGCUAGUCUAAUUAUUACUUGUGAUUUUAACCAAUAUUUCGUAAGUAGCAAAUUAAAUAAAUGUUAAUGAUGUACCAUAUAGGGAUUUUGUAAAAAUCAUAUCUUGUAUCGCCCUUAAUAAUAACGUAAAUAUAUUGGGGUUUAUUAUACAGGGUAUUGCAAACUGCGUUUUUUGGCGCCUAGUAUAGCACCAAAUAAGGGUUUCUUUUGAAACAAUUAUUUAGCAGUUAAAUUUGCAAUUGCAUAGUUUUUAUAUCAAAUAACAUUUUGAUGUAUUAACAUACUUCAAUUAUAAAUGUUUUCAUGUGCGUUCAAUUUUAGACCGUGAGAAGCUACAGUAAUGAACAAAACUAUAUAGACAAAGAAUAUGCAAAGAAUUGUACCACGAUGCUUCACCCAAUAUACCUUUAUUUAAACCCAAUUAUAAAAUAAUAAUUCCUCAGUACCUAAUUGUUAUAAGAUACAAAUACAUAUACAAAUGACUUUCCAUUUUUAUUCCAAAGCCGUGAAAAGCUCAUGUUUAUUGGAAAAUUUUUUAUCUCUAAUUUGUCUGUCCUUUUUAUCUCAAGUGUUCCCACAUGUUCUCAAUAGGAUUGAGAUCAAGGGACUGUGACAGCCAUUUUUAAGACAACUAGUUGUUCAUCCCUGAAAAAUCCUUUAGCCAUCUUAGAGGUGUGUUUCGGGUCAUUAUCUUGUUGAAACGUUGAUCUCAGUGGCAUGUGGUCCUCCAUAUAGCGUAGCAUUAUAUUUUUAAGAAUAAUGGCAUAUAAAAAUCUAUCCAUAAUACUUUCAAUUUUAUGUAUAUGACCUACUCCAAACCCCGAAAAACAUCCCCAAAUCAUUACAGAUCCGCCGCCAUGUUUUAACGUUGGUAAUGUAUAUUUUGGAUCCAACCUUUUACCACUAGGACGUCUGACAUACCGAAUAAAAUUCGUUCUCAUCAAUUAUGAGACUAAUAGUUCAUAUUUUUAUCUUUAUUGAUCUUUACAACUUUUAGAAUAUAAAUGAAUAUUUUAAUGGUUUACCAAAAUAUGCUAGGUGAAGAGAUUUGUUUUUCUAUAUACUUUUGUCCAUUACUGUAUAUUUAAUGUAUGUUUUGUACAGUUUGCCUGAAAUUUUAAUAUUAGUGGAUACUCGAAGAAUAAAAAAAGAACAACCUGUGUUGGGUGGUGUGAAUUAUUGCCGAUCGUAAUUUUAACCGAUACUAGAAGUAUAAUUAAAAAAUGAAUCCCAUAUUGAUUUGAUUUCUUUUCUAAAUUUGAAUGUCCUAAGUAUUUUCAUAAAAAUCUAAAUGACUUUUGUCUGUUUUUUUUUGUAUGCUAUUUGGUCUCUAAAACUUACGAUCUUUCCAUAGACAGUCCGAAAUUUUUGAGUUUCAUUUCAAAUUUAAAUGAAACCUUACACUUUUACAAAUUAAUAUAAACAUCUUUCUGUUGGUCACUUUUAUUAUAAUUAUUAGGAAAAUUUAGUCUGCAUAUUUUUAAGGUAAAUCACCAAGGUCCUUAACUAUUAUAGAAUAAUGCGAAGAUAGGUUCCAGAGUAUAACCCGUAUGAUAUCAAUUUCUAUAUCGAAAAAAAAACAUAUAAAAAUAAUAAUUAUGAAUAUUCAGAAAUAGAUUGUUAUUAACAGAAACUAAAUAGAGAAAAAUACCUAGAAAUUAAUGUUAUUUAAAUUAAAUAUCAAUUAUUUUGGCAAUAUACAACUAUAAUAAAUUUGAUGCACUCAAGGCUUUGAUUUAAACAUGUUUCUUGAUGAUGCUGACAAGAUGACGAACGUAUGUGGGUAAGUUGACGAAUAUAGUAAAAAGGCAAUAAAACAAUACAUUUAAACAUUUCAACGAUUUAUUUUUAUAAAAUAAACAAAAACUAAAAGCAAGGAAAGUCAAAAAUAUAAAAAAAUCCAAGGGCGAACACAAAAUUUCAAAUUGUAACUUAAUUUUAAACACGACAAAAAUCGCACACACACACUUUGGCUUUUGCUUCUUUCAAAUUAAGUCCAGUGCAUUCUGCAUGUGCCCACUUGGUGCAAAUAUUAGAACAAAACCAAAGCUCAUUAUGUUUGCCCUCAUCUUCACAAAAAAUGCACAGUCUGUCAUCUUCUUCAACCUCUUUGUCAUCAUUACUAUCCACCACAGCUACAUCUACAGAACUAUCAGAUGAAUCAGAUAACUCAAAUACUUGGCGCUUUACACUUCUGCUUUUAUUUUGUUUAUUUGCUUUACUAUUUUUUUCUUGAACCGAUAUGCUGCUGAUUUUUUUCUUCGGCGGGGCUUUCAUUUGUUUUUUCUUCUCUUUUUCAAGUUUUUCAUUCUGCUUUUGUUCUAAAGCAUCUUUAACGGGCGUGCUAGAAAUUAUAAGUGAUGGUAGCUUUUUCCUACAACGUCUGUUCUGCGUGUUUGCUUUAGGCAAAGGAGGUAAUCCCGACUCGAUUGUUUUUCAAUAUUAUCUGCCUCUAUCUGCUCUUUGUUAGGAGUUACUGACUCUGGCAUGCGCUGAGAACCAGAUGUGGAAGGCACAAGUUCCUCAAUUAAUUUUGGUUCAGCGUCAAUUUUUCUUUCUGUCGUUUGAGCAGUUUCAAAGUCAAUGUCCGUAAAAAUGUCAGAAUCAAACGGCUCUAUGCCAGUUGCCCGAAACCCACUUAAAGCAUUCGCGACGGUUGCUACUUUUAAAUAGGCCUUUCCAAAGAUUGAAGCAAUGUCAUUCAGUGUAAUGGCUUUUCCAGGAUUGUUUGUCAAAAAGUCAUCACAAGCCCUACUAUAUUAUGCAGUUUUUAAGGGGCUAUACACAGACACAUCUAAUGGUUGCAUUCUGUGACUGGUGUGUGCGCGAAAUCCCAAGAGAGAAAUAUAAUUUUCCUUGCACAAUGUAAAAGCUUCAAAGGUCAUAUGACUUGCAUGGUUAUCCAUUAUGAGCAGAACUCUGUUGUUUUCGCAAGGACGAGCGUAUUGGAUAAAAUGUUCCAGGUAUUUCAAAAAAUUUGCAGAUGUCAUCCAUCCGGUUUCAUGUGCAACACCUGUAAAUCCAGCAGGUGUGUUGUUCAUGUAGGCUGGUUGCAUUCUAACUCUAGGGAAAAUCAAAAAAGGGGGAAUAAAUGACCCACUUGCGUUCAUCGUGCAUACUGCAGUGACAUUAGUUCCUCGUUCCGCAGAAGAUAUCUUAAUUACUCUUCGCUUGCCUUUUGGGGUAACUAUCCUGGGAUUUUUUGUGGCAACUGUUGAUACACCGGUUUCACCUACGUUGUAGGUUUGAUUGGGUUGGAAAUUUGUUUUUCUUUGAGUUCCUUAAGUGCGUUAAAAAAAUUGGAAAUACUUUGGCGAUUAAAUCCCAUAAGUCUAGCUAUCGAGGUCGAUUCUGGCUUACGUAGAGAAAAGUUGUAUUUCCACAAACAGCUCAACAAAGUAUCGUCCAGGCUUCUUCUUGGUUGUGUUAAAUCUGUGUGAAAUGUUAAAUUAUAAAUUAUCCUGCUUAACUGCUCCUUGGUUAGUCCAAAAGCCCGUUUGUCAUUAUUGAUAAUGUACUCUCGUAGUUCUUCUAAUUCCAUAUUCGAAAACGUGCUCUUGAAUCGACCAGCAUUGCAAGAAAAUUCCUGAAAAUAAAGACCAAUCAUUGUUUUUAAUAAUAUAUUAUUUUAGGAGAGAUUUUAACCGUACUUCCUCAGGAUCCCGCUUCAGAUAUCUUCUAAGAGUUGCUUCUGGGAGAUUAUAUGCUUUUGCCAUGGAAUUUACGCUUUUGUUGUUUUGUCUAACCUCAUUUAUGGCAAUUCGCAUGUUCUCAUUACUCCAUGAUUGUCGAUUCGUUUUGCGCUUGUACACUCUUCCCAUAUUUUAUUAUCUAAAAUUGUGUGUAACUAAUUUAUUACCCAACAAACUUAAAAAUAAAAAAGAAAUAAUAAAAAAUAAAAAAGGAAUUAAAAUAAAGAAAAACGUUAAUUUAGUGUUAUGAAAAUAUCACAGAUGAUGCCAAACACACUCAUAAACAUCCAUCAAUAAAAAGUUUUAAGUUUGAACUUACCUAGAAAAAUGCAGACGUUAUUUUCUAAGCCACUAAAAUUAUAACGAAGCACGACGAUACACCUUGUUCACUUGUUGCGGACUGACUAACCGUUUCAAGGCCGAAGUGAAAGAAACCGCGUAAGGCGCACGCGCAUAACGAACGUUUCACAUCAUAUUGGCUGCGCAAAGAGAGAGAAUAUGAUUUAUAGUCGAUUCGUCAUCUUACCCACUUCGUCAUCUUAGGGCCCUCUCCCCUACAUAAUAAACAAGUUGGUUUUAUCCCUAAGUUAGAUCUUGGACCUUUAUAGUCACUAAUCAGGGCUGAAUCAAGGAUUCAGGGGCUCCAGGCCGGACGCAGGAGCGUCCGGUGGGGGCUCCUUCUUUUAAAUGACGAAUAAGCUUUGCUCACUGUAAAAAGCUAAUAAACAUUUAUUGAGAUCUGAAAUACAAAGUUAAUCACACCCAUAUUAAAAUCCACGAAAAAACGCAGUUCUAAAUCAGUUUCGUGUUAUAUUAUAUGGAAACUGUAAUAUUACAACUCAAACGUUUCUUUCCUAUGGUUUUCACUCGCAAAACUCGCCGCAAAAAAAUCCGUUUCAGAACUGGCUCAUUUGUCUCUUUUUUCUGUCACUUUCAUUGCUGACAAAAAUUGAAUAGUCGACCCUGGACCCAACUGUUUUUUGAGAAAUAAUGAAACUUGAGUUGUACUGGAAUGAAUGAACAUUUUAUUGUCGAUAAAUCAUGACAGUGAGGUCAAAAUGUCAAUGACGCCUUUCGACAUCAUCAGUGUCCUAUAAUAAAAAAGUGUGUUAGGGGCUGAUGAUGUCGGCAUCAUGCACAUAAAAAUGUUUAAAUAUUUAAACUUACAUAACUUUGAACACGAAAACAAAACUAAAAUUCUAAUUCCAAAAUUAAAAAAAAAAUGUAAUAUCUACAUAAGUAAUAUACCAAACAUAAAAUAUACCACAUACAAAAAUAAAAAAAACAAAAUCAAGUUUUUAAAAAUGAAAAUGUUACACAUAUACUAAUACUAAUAUUUAUACUUAUACUAAGAUUAAAAAGUUCAUAAUAACUUUUUAUUUAUUUUGAUGAAAAAUCGAAAAACACGGUUCGAUACAUAGGGCAGGAUGGGCAAUGAUAAACUGUGUCUUUUCGGGUUUUAUUCUGGUGACAAAUAACUCAUCUUCUAUGGCCAUGUUUUCUCUUUUCUCCCGAUUGAGGGUUUUUCAUUGGAGCAUGAGCUGCCGCCAUUAUUCUUUCAAUAUUUGAAUUAGCAUUCACCGGUAACAAAUAUUCUAGACAAAAAAGUUAUAGUGAAAUUCGUGGACGCACAAAUUUUUUGUAGAGACAAAGGAAUUUAUUAGGCACAUGUAUAAUAUAUGUAACCCGAUUUCUUUGUACCAUCGCAAUGCUUUGCGUUUGCAUGGGUAAUAUGCCAUCAUUUGAUCUUCUCGAUCUAUUCCGCCCAUAAAGGUAUUUUAUUGCAGAAUAGCUUCUGGUUUUCUCAUUCUGCUCUGAAAGCUCUGGUUUCUUUCUAUUAAAAUUAGAUUUCUUAAAUUAGAAAUUCUGUAGAUAUAUAAAAAAACAUCUUUUUUAUCUUUAUAUUUGCAUACUGAGCAAUCGUUUUCCUUUUUUAUCCACUCUUAUAGUACCAGUGCAAUACAUUUUUCGAGAUGCUAUUACUAUUAUAAUAGCAAUCCAUAUACUUUUGUAUAAUAAAUGUCCUGAAUCCAAUUUUUUGUCCAUAAGAUGCAAUACUAUGUUGGCGGCAUGUCCUUUUCCACCGAAAUCAUCUAGAGUAUCGGUAUAUAGUGCAAAUUUUAGUAUAAGGCCGCCUGGCUGUUGAGAAGAUAUAAUUUCACUCCAUACAUCCAACGAUAAUUCUUUACCUGGACAAUAAAUAUCACUCAUUCUUGAAUUGAAAUAAUCAAUAAGGAGCCUUAUCUUAUACAGCUUAUCUGCCGGUUUUUCCUGACCAGGUAAAGGGUUUGUGACAAAAUGCAAACAUCGCAAAAUUAACAUAAAACGAUUCCUACUCAAGUAUUCCUUGAAAACAGGUAGUUUGAAUAACCAGAUUACUACCAGAUUAAAAAAGUCUAUCGGUGUGUUUCCUAAAAAUAAAACACAGUUAUAAAAAAAAAAUAUUUUUUUACUCAUACAAUGUACUAAUAGGUAAAUGAAAAGACUCAAGAUGAAUAAUUAGCUUUCUGUGCCUAGAAAAUGGAAUUACUCCCGCAACAUCUUCUACAGAAUUCCAUAUCACACGGAGAGGCAGCGUCUGAAGCCGGGGUCUGACGGGAAGAAGACGGUGAUGUAGGCGCUUGCAGAAAAUCCAAGUUGUCCAUAUCCAAAUCAUCAUAACUCGUUGAAACAUUCACUUCUUGUUCGAAAUGACUAUGCAUAAGCUGAGCCAUAUUUAUAAGUUAAUGAAAGAUUCGCCUACAAAUAGAUAAUUUUGAUGUCUUAAUUUGAGAAGACGAGAACGGUUUUCUUUCCGAAGUACACAAAAAUGGCGAAAUUUAUAUAAUUUUCUUAAUCGGGGGCUCCCCAAGUCCGGGGCCGCACUCCAUCCAGCCCAUCCCUUAAUUCGGCUCUGUCACGAAUGCACAACUUCUUCCAUUCUUGAUAAGAGUGGCUAAUUUUAUACUCUUCCUCAAAAGGAAAAUAACUGUAUAUACGCAGCUGCAGCUGUUAUAUAGGUCUAUAUUUGUCAUUUGCAUACCCUUUGACUUCAGACUCUUUAAAUUUACUCAAAACUCUUUCGAUGUACUUAUUCAACACUUGAUGUAGCUGUGAGUAGCAGCCAUUUCCUAGUUUUCUGAAUAACCAGAAAUUGGCAACUUCACUAUAAUUAAUUUAAUAUUGAGCGAAUUUUAAAUUUGGGAAACUUUGCUACGGCUCCAUAAGUAUCUCAAGUAUGGAUUAUCAGCGAAAACGGUUUUUAAAAUUGUGACUAAAAUAGGUACGUCAAAGUAUUGCUGUUAGAAUAUAAACUUAGAACAUUGAAAGAGUAGAAUUAGCAUUGCCAUGGAACUAUGGGCAGUUCGUUUGCUUGCAACAUUUUUGAUGCAUUGAUGUUUUUAAAGAAAUGGCAAAAAACACACUUUUUUUUAUUUUUUUUUCAUAAUAUAUGAAUAUUUAUUAUUAACAGAUUAUGCUUUAAAUUCUAAAAAAUAUUACCAUUUAUGAACUCUUUAUGCGUUUUUUAACGUACUUCAUUAGAGUAAAGGUACUUAUGUAAUAAAAACUAUUUUUAUGGAAAUUAAAUAUUUUAUAUUUAUUAUAGAUUUCUUAAUUAGUUUUUAUUAUUCUACAUUUAUGGCGACGGUUGUCCCUUGAUAUGAUGUUAUCAAAAAAAUAUCAAUAUUUAAGGGAGAGUUGGCGAAUGGUGCGCAGUUAAGCAAAAAUUGUAUUUGUGGCGAGCCUAUAACAUAUAAAUUAGUUUUAAAAAUAGUAUGAGAUGUAUUACUUAUUAAUGUAUAUAUAUGUAAAAUGUUAUUUAAAAAAAAUCUACUACGAAAGUAUAAAAUUAAACAAAAAUAAAAAAACCAUUUGCGCAUAAUUACCCGUCCCGACGGGCAAUGAUGCGCAAGGGUUAGGUAAUCGUGCGCAGAAAAUAUCUGUUUUAAAAAAUUAUUUAUUUUUAAAUAUUAACAUUUAAAGUAGUUAAUUUUUUAGUAGUAAUAUUUAAACAGCAGUAUAAAGCCUUAAUUUGAACAGUAGUCGCAGAUGUAAUUUUCUGGAGUAUCAGCAGACGUGCAGGCUGCGUGGUUCCAAGAAGCACACAUAACACAGCGGUACCAUAGUUCUCGAUUUUUGCCAACUUGUUCACAAAUACGACAUAUCUCAUUGGGUUUUGAGGGAGUUUUUGAAGAAGGCGGCAUGAAGUUAAAUUCAUUAAUAUCAUCUAACUCAUCAUCGUCGCAUAUCUCAGACAAUUCAUUUUCCAAUGAAUCAUAGAAGGGGUAAAAUCAUCCUCACUAAAUCUGUCUGGAUUUAGUGGAUAAAUUCCUGAAGUGCGGAACCCUGAGACAGCUUUCUCCAUGGUGGCGACUUUCAUGAAUGCUCUGUUUAAUAAUUCAGGUACGUCAUAUUCUGUUAUUUUUUGAUGUCCAGAAGUAGAUAAAUGAAGAUCGUAUUCUCUAUAGAGAGCAUUUUUAAGUGGAAUAAAAAAAGUUAGAUCCAAUGGCUGAAGACGAUCUGAGGUGUGGGGAGGAAGAGAAACCAUAUUAAUAUUAUUUCCUUUAAAACAAUUAUAAGCCGAAAUCGAAAUAUGGCUUGAAUGGUUGUCUAAAACCAAUAGGACAGGAUCAGAUGCAGUAGGCUUUGCAUGUUUUGCAAAAUGAGACAACCACUCAACAAAUAGCUCAGAGUUAAUCCAACCGUUCUUUGAACAUUUGUACAAGGCACCUAAGGGUCCAUUUUUUUGCAGAGUUGUUGGCAUUCUCACUCGGGGAUAUAUGAGCAUGGGGGGGAUGUAAUUCCCUGCAGCGCUCAUACAAAAAACUCCAGUUAUUGACCUUCCCCUUUCAGCAGAUAUAGCAGAGCCCACUUUUUUUACUCCUUUGGCACGAUAAACUUUCGGACAUUUAGCUUGAACCGUUGUAAUGCCUGUUUCGUCCAUGUUAAAUAUUCUGCUUGGUUGAAAUUUAAACUUUUGCAUAAGAAUCUUAAGAUUAAAAUAAAAUAGUUCUACAGAUUCUUUAUUAAAAGAUGAAAUUCGAUUUAAACUCGUGCCCUCAGGCUGUCGCAGUUUUAUCUCGGGAAAUCUUUUUAGAAAUCCAUAAAGCCAUGCUUUGCCAGCUAGUCCCUUUUCUCGAUUAAAGUUGUGAAUAAUAUUAUUCACAACUUUUGUUCUGCAUACCUAAAUGCAAGCCUUCUUAGACCAUCAGGUGUCAACCCAAAAAACAAUUUUGAAAGCAGCAGAAUAUAAUCUUUUAAUUCACACUCUAUUUCGUUAAAGAAUACAGUUUUACGGCUCAAUCGAGGUAAUUUAAGAUCAUCUUCCAACAACUUUUUUCUAAGGGUAGAUUCUGGUAUUUUAAAGGAUCUUCCUACUUCCCUAAUUUUUCUUCCGUCGGUCCUUAUAGCAUCUAGGGCUUUUUGCAGGGUUUCCGUCGUAUAAGAAAGGAUAUCAGUCUUUCGUGUGUAAUUUCUAGGCAUCUGAAAACAUUAAAUAGUACUAUUACUUCUUAGCAUUUAAUUACGUGCAGGGGAAUCGUGCACUUCUGCGCACAAUUACCCCUUUGUUAUUGUCUUUUAUAAAAACAUGAUGUGGCCAAAAACAUAUAAACAAUGUAUGAUUUAAAGGUGCCUAAAUAUUCACAAUACCCUAGAUUUUACAAAUAUAAAUAAUGUAAAACGAUUGGACAAAAAUUAUGGACUUACCGUUUUAUUUUCUUACCCCGAAAACUUAUAAAAAACAGAAAAAUUCAAUCGGUUAACCUCUCGGCGAUCGUAAACACACUAAUGGCGCCAACGGUCGCGCACACAUUUUAGGCACUCUUUAACUUUAGGUUUCACUAACUUUACUAACUUCACUAACUUUAGGUUUAGCGUUUCGGAUAGCCCGCGAAAUACAAAAUAUCAUGGUGCGCAUGAUUACCCACCGCGCACCAUUAUCCAACUCUCCCUUACUUGUAAAAAGAUCGACUUAAAUCGCCUUUUUCCCAUGGUGUAGCUGUAGCAUAAACGCCACAAGUUUUUACUAUUGUAACAAUUCACAAAAACUCUGAAAUGAUUCAACCUUUUUCCCUUUUCAACCAAAAACUAAAGAAAAAACACAGAACUUCACAAAUGCCGAAUGUAAACACAAAGCCGUUUGUCAACAUGACAUUAGCUUUUGCCUGCGGUGUUCAAUUUUAAUUUCUUUAGAAGCGGUUUUAGAAAAAAGAAUGUUAAUAAUUUUUUUUUGCUUUGAAGAUGUUAUUUUUGCGCUCAGCAUAAUAUAUAUCUAUUUUUACUUUUUAUUUUUAAUCCAAAAUCUAACAUCAAUAAGUUAAAUUAACAUAUCUGUUGAUAUAUAGCUGAAAAUUUCCCCUUUUGAAAAUGCGUGUAAACUUGACAACAGAAAAUCGAUAAAUAUGUUUGUAAACAAAACACCCCCCUUGCCCCUGUUGCACAUGUUGAACUUAAACAGAAUUGUUGUUUACUAACUCUAGCCUUUCAAUGUUCUAAGAAUAUAAACAUUAAGUUUACUUUCGAACAAAAGUUGUUAUUUGGUUUAGUAAAGCAAAACGUUUAUCAGAUUAUAGUAAUCUUUGCGAAAUUUAAUAUUUUUUUAACGUGAACGAUUUAGUGAAGGAACCUUGAUAUUCGUGCAGUUUUAAGAUAAAUUAUUUAAGCUCAUACAGGGUGUCCCAGAUAAAAGGAUAUACAUGGGGAUUUCGUAAACGGUAAGACACAUAGUUUCGGUUAAAUAAAGAAAAAUUUGUGCUGUUCCAAGCCCAAUCAGAUGUGAUAUUAUCCUACUAUUAAAUUAAGAUUCACGAUAUCUACAGGGGUUUUCAAAAUAUCGGGCUAAAUCUAAAAAUUAGGUUUUUAGAAAAUCUGCAAUAUCGUCGCCAUAUUGAGUCCGAUUUUAAUAAAAUUUGGUAGUUUUGGAUUAUCUACUAUGACCAAUCGCCUUAACGAUAUUUUUUUAGGCAUUUUGGAUGUUUCGCAACCAUAGUCAACUUUGUUAUUUUUUGUUGAUGCGAUAUUGGAUUUAACCCUAUCUUGAUAUGGCGGAAAUCAUAAGUUUAUUAAUUUUAUGUUGAUUCCUAAUAUAUUUGAAUACAGGUUGUUCUUCUUUUAUUUAGAAUGUUAUAAUAAUAAAAAAAUUGAUUUAGAUGUAGACAUUAUUAUAUUGUUAUAAAGAUUAUGUUAUUCUACGAUUACGAUACGAUUAUUCGAUCGGGUGUGAUAAGUGGUCAUGACAGCUGCCUGUAUUUUUUUUGCCAGUUAUGCACAAAAAUGGAGUAAACUUAGAUUUUAUUUAAACAUUAAGAGUUUGGUAUUUAUUGGAUAAUUUAAGAAACUAUUAAAUAGGUUGUAUGGAAAAUAUCAGCUUUCAUUUUUAUUAUGAACUUUGAAUAAAUGUUUCUUUAAAUCCACAAUAUUGAAUUUUGAUUCUAGUUUUAUUUAUUAGAUACUUUAUGGUAUGCAUAAUUGUCUAUACAAGAACUUCUUAAAUGCCAUUUUGAAUAUGUGUAUAUACUUUCAUCUAAUUUGACAUUUUUAAUAAAUAUGUACGAUUAAUAAA